UGCUCUUCUUCUUCUUCUUCCAUAAAAUAGCCUUGAUCCCUCUCUGCGUGGCCUCUCUCCAAUAUGCCCAGAGCUCAAGCAGUCCUCCAAUGGCUGCCUCUUCUUUUGCUCAUGCUCGCCAAGCUUCCACGCCCCUCCAAUGGCGACGUCAGCACCGCCGCCCAGUACGCUCCGCCAUACACGCCAACUGCGUGCUACGGGAACGACCCGUCGCAGUUCCCGUCGAACAAUCAGUUCGCCGCCGCGGGGGAUGAGAUAUGGGACAACGGGGCGGCCUGCGGGAGGCAGUAUCUGGUGAGAUGCAUCAGUGCCAGCGAGCCGUACGGAUGUGUUAUUGGCCAGACAAUUCAGAUAAGGAUUGUUGAUUAUGGCCCCACUGCGGUUUCUCCACCUUCGAUCUCCGGCACCGCCAUGGUUUUGUCGCAGACGGCCUUUGGAAUCAUUGCUAAUUCUUCUGCUCCCUUCAUAAACAUUGAGUUCCAACAGACAGCAAUAUCCUAUCCAUCAACCGUUCUGGUGAUAAUUUACCAAGAAAUUUUGCCCCAACGCCAUGCAGGGUAUGAUGUAUGGACCGAGAAGAGCUAGGAGGACUUGACCCAGAAGGGGACUGGAGAUGACAAGAUGGUCCAAUCCAAUUGAUUCGAUUAUAUUUUCAGGGAAUGACGAAGACAAUAAACUAAAGUGUUGGUCGCCCAUGGAAUCGUAAUUCAAUUUGCUCUGUAAAGUAAAUUAUGUGAGCUUGGUACGGGAAUGCGUGUCAUUCCCGUUCUGUGGAUUUGAUGUCAUUGGUGUCUGUCUAUAUAAUAUACUAUGAUGAUUUGAUGACCGAAAUUUCUUGCUUCGUCUCGUCUCCCGUUUGGAAGCUUA